AUGGCGUUCUCCAGUUCACGUGCAUUUAUCUGUUAUUUAAGUAAAAAUAACAGUAGUCUUGUAACGAAAAAUGCUAAUUUCUAUAGUUUAUUAUCAAUUACUAAUUGCCAGAUUUUUAAUAAAUGUUCAUAUUCUGCCGCUAAAGAAGAAAUUGCCGAAAAUUUAGCCGAUGAAUUGGAAUCUGCUGUCUUUGGUGGGCCGAGUAAAAAAAUAAGUAAAUCUAUGAAAGCAUAUUUGGAACGUUCAAAAGAGCACAAUGAGUUUAUGCAAAAAGCGAGAGCUGAAUAUCAAAUUGGAAAACGACAUCUCGCUAAUAUGAUGGGUGAAAAUCCGGAUAAUUUCUCACAAGAUGAUAUAAAUAAAGCAAUAGAAUAUCUUUUUCCCUCUGGAGUAUUCGAUAAAAAAGCUAAACCUAUGAUGAAACCACCAGAUGAAAUAUUUCCUCCACGAAAAGCAGCAGAAUUUGAUGAAUCCGGAAGACCUUUCCAUUCUAUGUUUUACACAUGCAGACCAAAUUAUUAUCAAACACUUCACAAAAUUGCAGACGAAAUACAUAAAUUAAAUGAAAAAGAAGAUAAGCUUUACAUGUCAGGUUCACGACCAGAUGACAAUGUGAAAAUCGAUCUAGAAACUUCAGUUUGGUUGACAAAUGGUGAGCUUGAAAAAGUUCUUUUCGAAACUGUUCCUGAUAAUUUGUAUGAAUACUUUAUAAACACUAUGGACAGAUUGGCAGCUCAUCCUGUAUCGUAUGAAGCCAAAGAAUUUAUCAUGAAGUACAGAAAAGAAUUACAAAAUAUUUCCGAUUCAGUUGAACUACUUCCGAUGCAAUAUGACGCAGAUGGAAGACCUUUUGUCUGUGUCCCUGAUUGCAAAAGAAAGUCUGCAAGGGGUCAGGUAAUUCUACGAGGAGAAGGUACCGGUAAAAUAUCAAUCAAUGGUGAGAAUAUUCGUUACUUUAAUGAUUGGCAAAGCAGGGAACAAUGCUUAAGAUCAACCAAAGACCAGCUUGGUUACGUCGUUCAGUCAGUGUCAGAAUGGUCAGCCAGACAGAAUGAUCUUGGUACAUUGUCGUGA